GUUUUCCCCCCCUCCUCACUUUCUGACUGGAAGCUGCUGUGAAACCAAAUAGACAGAAGAAGAAGAAGAAGAAGAGUUGGGGCUGCUGUGCCAGGUGUCUGUGCCAAGGUUCCUGAUCCAGGGGCUUCAGUUACAAGUUAUGGAAUUCAUGGCGGCCACAACAUCCAUCGCUGACACUGACAUGGAGUUUGAUAAAAACGUCCCUCGCAUAUGCGGAGUCUGUGGGGACAAAGCUACCGGUUUCCACUUCAAUGCCAUGACAUGUGAGGGCUGCAAAGGAUUUUUCAGGAGAAGCAUGAAAAGGAAGGCUAUGUUCACGUGCCCAUUUAAUGGUGACUGCAGGAUAACUAAAGACAACAGGCGACACUGCCAAUCAUGCCGGCUGAAGCGCUGCGUGGAUAUUGGCAUGAUGAAGGAGUUUAUUUUGACAGAUGAAGAAGUCCAAAGGAAGAGGCAGAUGAUAAAUAAACGCAAAUCAGAGGAAGCACUGAAAGAGUCCAUGAGACCCAAAAUUUCAGAUGAGCAACAAAAAAUGAUUGAUAUACUUUUGGACGCUCAUCGGAAAACCUUUGACACAACUUAUUCAGAUUUUAAUAAGUUCAGGCCACCCGUGAGGGAAAAUGUAGAUCCCUUUAGAAGGAUCACUAGAUCAUCAUCUGUUCACACACAAGGCUCUCCAUCAGAGGAUUCUGAUGUCUUCACAUCUUCUCCAGAUUCAUCUGAGCAUGGAUUUUUUUCUGCUUCACUCUUUGGUCAGUUUGAAUAUUCCUCUAUGGGUGGGAAAUCUGGUGAGCUAUCCAUGCUUCCUCACAUUGCAGACCUUGUUAGUUACAGCAUACAGAAGAUUAUUGGAUUUGCCAAGAUGAUACCUGGAUUCAGAGACCUUAUUGCAGAAGACCAAAUUGCCCUGCUGAAGUCGUCUGUUAUUGAAGUCAUAAUGCUACGAUCAAAUCAAUCGUUUUCUUUGGAUGAUAUGUCAUGGACUUGUGGCAGUGAAGACUUCAAAUACAAAGUUGAUGAUGUGACUCAAGCUGGUCAUAACAUGGAGCUUUUGGAGCCUCUUGUAAAGUUCCAGGUUGGCUUAAAAAAACUGGACCUUCACGAAGAAGAGCAUGUUCUCUUGAUGGCCAUCUGCAUUCUCUCUCCAGAUCGCCCGGGUUUGCAGGACAAAGCCUUAGUUGAAUCAAUUCAGGAUCGUCUUUCCUCUACUCUUCAGACUUACAUUCUUUGUAAACAUCCACCACCGGGGAGUCGUCUCCUAUAUGCUAAAAUGAUCCAGAAACUGGCCGAUCUCCGCAGCCUAAAUGAAGAGCAUUCCAAACAGUACCGUUCCAUCUCCUUCUUGCCGGAGCACAGCAUGAAGCUCACUCCACUUAUGUUAGAAGUGUUUAGCGAUGAAAUCCCUUGAACUCACUUGACAUAGAACUUUUAUUUUAACUACAAAUGUAAGUCGUUAGAAUUGUCUAAGCUGUAAUUACAAAAGCUGGGCCCUAAUUCGUUCUGUUUUUUUUUGCUCUGGGAUAUCUCUGGGAGUCUUUUGCAAUCACAAGAAUAAAUGGGAACUGUUGUAUAUAAUGCAUAGCAUAGAAACUGUCAUCAUGACAUGCCAAAAUGGUUACUGUGCUAUGGGUAUAUUGCCACAAAUAAGAUGGUAUUCCUGUUCAUGCUCUAAUGUUAUGUAUUAUAAGCUUUGCCUGGUGAUGUGCCUUUGUGUCAAAUAUGUGAAUUUAAUAUAUUUGGCUAUAACGUGCCUAAUCAUAAAAA